AUGUCCAUCCCAGAUGGCUCAGAUGGCUUUGGAGAGCAAAUGAACGACGCCAACCCCAAUAGGCCGGCGGUGGUCAGUCAAGGAAAGUGCAGCUGGCACAGGCGCGCAGCAGCGCAGCAGCGCAUAGCACCAAGCACUGAACCCGACUGGUCCCUGCACUUUCGAAUGCAACUGCGUCUCAUCGCUCACAGACUUGGCAAGCUCAAGCCCGAUGCCCCCAGUCUGCCUGCAUGGUCAUUUGGCGACGCCUCACUUUUUGACUGGCUCUCGUUAUGA